AUGAGUUCAAAUAUAAGUAUAUGGAAAAAGGAAUUAGGUCCUAAUUUAAGUGAUAUAUUUUUAAAAAAAGAUUUAGAUGAUGUAAUUAAUAAUGAUGAAAAAAAAAAAUAUAUAUAUCUGAAUACUAUAGAUGGAGGAAUUAAAAACAGUCAAGAUAAAAAGGAAAAAUAUAGUGAUUUUAUAUGUAGAGAUAAGUUUAUUUAUGAUGUAAAUAUUACUUGUUUUCCUAAUUAUAUGCACAAAUCUUCUUUAAAUAUUAAAAAGAAAUUUGAUAUAUGUGAUUUAAUAAUAGAAGUUAGAGAUGCUAGAUUGCCUUUUACUAGUACAAAUGACUUCAUAAUUGAUAGCUUAAAACAAUAUAAAAAUAAAAAACGUAUUGUUAUUUUAAAUAAGGUUGAUUUAAUAUCAAAAAAAGUAGCUUUAAAAGCACAAAAUUUAAUUGAGGAAAAAACUAAUUCCAUAUGUUUAUUAACUUCAUCAAAAUAUAAUAAGAAUAUAUCAAAAAUUAGAGAUAUAUGUAAAGAAAUAAAGCCAAAAUUUAAGAGUUUUGGUGUUUUUGCUAUGUUAAUAGGUUUACCAAAUGUAGGAAAGUCAAGUAUUAUUAAUUCUUUUAAGGAUGUUACUUAUAAUAUGGGGAAAUAUGGUUAUAAAAAUAAUAAAAUAGCAUUUGAAGUCAAUAGAAAAAAAGUAAAAACAAACAUUAUAGCAGGAACGACUAAAUUAGUUGAUACUUAUAAAGUAUCUAAUAACCCUUUGAUUUAUUUUAUAGAUACACCAGGAAUUUUUUUACCUAAAAUGAAUGAUAAGGAAAUUAGUUUAAAAUUAAGUGCAAUAGGGAAUAUUUUGAAUUAUAAGUAUGAUCAUAUGUAUGUAGGGGAUUAUAUACUAUUUACAUUGAAUAAAUAUAAAUAUUAUAAUUAUGUUAAAGUUAUAGGUUUAGAUUCUCCAACCAAUGAUAUACGUUUUGUCAGCAAUGUUAUAUCAACAAAAUUAAAUUUAUGUAGAAAUUAUAAGUAUUUAGAUAUUAAUGGUGGUUGCAGAUUUUUUAUUGAUUUAUUUAGAUUAGGAUUAUUUGGACAAAUAUGCUUAGAUUUAGUACCAAAUAAAAAGGAUUUUGUUACAUAUUUUGAUUUUAAAUCAGAAGAGCCAUUAACAGUUAAUUCUCAAAAACAUCCUUUACCUUUUAGAGGUUUAUUAUAA